CCCCCCGCUGCCCCGGUGUUUGGGGAACGGCACUCCCCGUAGGGAGGAGAGGCAGGCUGGAAGUCCUGCGGGGACAGGGUCCCACAGAAGGGCUAAGGAGGAGCUGAGAGACGGGGCCAGGACAUUGGGAAGGGGUCGCUCAGAGGCCUCCCGGGGAUGGGGGCUGCAGCUCCUCUGAGCGCCCCUCGAGCGCUGGUACUCUGGGCCUCACUGGGGGCGGCAGCUCACAUUGGACCUGCACCUGACCCCGAGGACUGGUGGAGCUACAAGGAUAAUCUCCAAGGAAACUUCGUGCCAGGGCCUCCCUUCUGGGGCCUGGUGAAUGCAGCCUGGAGUCUGUGUGCUGUGGGGAAGCGGCAGAGCCCCGUGGAUGUGGAGCUGAAGAGGGUUCUUUAUGACCCCUUUCUGCCCCCACUGAGACUCAGCACUGGGGGAGAGAAGCUCCGGGGAACGCUGUACAACACCGGCCGCCAUGUCUCCUUCCUACCUGCAGCCCGGCCCGUGGUCAAUGUGUCUGGGGGUCCCCUCCUCUAUAGCCACCGGCUUAGUGAACUGCGACUGCUAUUUGGAGCACGGGAUGGAGCUGGCUCUGAACACCAGAUCAACCACCAGGGCUUCUCUGCUGAGGUGCAGCUCAUCCACUUCAACCAAGAACUCUACGGGAACCUCAGCGCCGCCUCCCGGGGCCCCAAUGGCCUGGCCAUUCUCAGCCUCUUUGUCAAUGUGGCUGGCAGCUCGAACCCCUUCCUCAGCCGCCUCCUUAACCGUGACACCAUCACCCGCAUCUCAUACAAGAACGAUGCCUACUUUCUUCAAGACCUGAGCCUGGAGCUCCUGUUCCCCGAAUCCUUUGGCUUCAUCACUUAUCAGGGCUCUCUCAGCACCCCACCCUGCUCAGAGACUGUCACCUGGAUCCUCAUUGACCGGGCCCUCAAUAUCACCUCCCUCCAGAUGCACUCCCUGAGACUCCUGAGCCAGAAUCCUCCGUCCCAGAUCUUCCAGAGCCUCAGCGGUAACGGCCGGCCCCUGCAGCCCUUGGCCCACAGGGCCUUGAGGGGCAACAGGGACCCCCGGCACCCCGAGAGGCGCUGCCGAGGCCCCAACUACCGCCUGCAUGUGGAUGGUGCCCCCCAUGGUCGCUGAGACUCCCCACUGAGGAUUGCGCCUGUCCUUUCCAAGUCUCCCCACACGGGGAGGGGAGUCACCCCCCAAAACAAAGCUAUUAAAGGGACAGAAUACUUCCGGUUUCUUAGUGGUCUGAUUCUAGGCGCGGCGGGGAAACAUCUGGGUACCGAAGAACAGCAGUCUUCUUCUAG